AUGAGACGACACACAACAUAUGAUGAUGAAGACCUGCGAGAUGCUACCAGGAGGAAAGGAGAGAAGGUAAAUAAUCGUUUUAGUCAAUUCUUGCACAUGCAUUUCAAUAGGUAUUGGCAAUGUGACUAUUUACAUUUGGUGAUUCAUUUAUUUGCCGAUACCUUCCUGACUGGCAUACUUAUGUUUACAUAGCCAGCCUGCUCUGAAAAUGACGUUAGCUAAUCUGACGACGUAAAUUAGCUAGUUACUAGGAAACUGACCUACUGCUAAAAUAUGUGGACUUGAUUUUUUAUAUAAUGUUUUUACAAGUUUAAUUCAAUGUAACGGGUAUGACAACCAACUAAACUGUCUGACCUACCACAUGCAUGCACAUCCACAUCCAAGCAUUCCUCACCAAUUCUCUCAAUUACCAAACUUCACGUUUUAUUUUGAAGAUACAUAUAUUAUACAUUUUUAAAGUUAGGAAAAUAGUGUGGUUUGCCAAGUGGAUUCUUCUCUUCCAUGCGCUGGCAGUCAAAAUACAGAACAGAGAACUGAUUGUAUGAUUGAGUUUCUUCCCUGUAUUUUCGACAUGCAAAACUCAGGCACAGCUAACUCUCUCAGUUACUAUUUACUACUACACACCCCAGUUUAGCCCCAUUAGCUGUUGUCAAGGCAGCAGCUACUCUUCCUGGGGAACACUGAAAUAAAACAUUGCAUCAUACAAAGCAUUGUGCAUCAUACAAAUCCACAUUCCCACCACUACAUCACAACUGUACAUACACAUUUACUUUGCGCCACUACUACAUUACAGUUUGGGAGAGAGUUCCAUGUAGUCAUGGCUCUAUAUAGUACUGUGCGUUUCCUAGCCUCUGUUCUGGACCUGGGGACUGUGAAGAGACCCCUGGUAGCAUGUCUUGUGGGGUAUGUAUGGGUGUUUGAGCUGUUUAUUAACUUAUUGAACAGAUAGUUUGGUACUUUCAAUACCUCAAUACCACUGGCGUAACACAGUUUCUCUGGACCCCCACCGUCACCCUCCCUAAAUCAUCCCGAGUGGCGCAGUGGUCUAAGGCGCUGCAUCGCAGUGCUAACUGUGCCACUAGAGAUCCUGGUUCGAAUCCAGGCUCUGUCGCAGCCGGUCGUGACCGGGAGACUCAUGGGCGGCGCACAAAUUGGCCCAGCGUCGGGUAGGGGAGGGAAUGGCCGGCAGGGAUGUAGCUCAGUUGAUAGAGCAUGGCGUUUGCAACGCCAGGGUUGUGGGUUCGAUUCCCACGGGGGGCCAGUAUAAAAAAUAUAUAUGUAUUCACUAACUGUAAGUCGCUCUGGAUAAGAGCGUCUGCUAAAUGACUAAAAUGUAAAUGUAAAUGUAAAUAAACUGAUGGCUGUCCAUGGUGCUGAAAUUGUGACCUGUCUAUGCGGCUGCAUGCCAAAUGAAUCGAUGAUAGGCUUUCUGUGGUGCAAGGGCAUGUAUAGCUUUGCUUUGGCUAAUGAAUAAAUGUUUAUUGGUAUUUGGUAGUCAUUUUCUCAUUUUAAGCCUAACAUUUCACUAAGCUUUACAUGGUGUCGUAAUGCUGCCAUUUUUUAGACAGCUGGCUGGUGGCAAUAAUGUAAUUACUUGUUCAGUAAUUAAAGUAAGGAAUUCUAACAUUGCCAAUUGUAAAAUAAUGUUUUUAAGCAACAGCAUACUAAAUCAGCUACCAUUGGAUUUUUUAUAAUAUACAACUGUCCUGUAUAGGCUACCUGAACCUGCAUGACAUGAGCCGUCCUCGUGCUCUCUCCCAGCUUGGAUAGAACGUUGUUGUGCGUAAAACCAGUCUAUAAUAUAGUCAGUCCACCCUCAAAACACUAGCUUACUAGGGAUUGUUUCAUUAUUCAGUGUACUAUCUAUAGCUAUAUACCGUAUUUAGCUUCUAUUUAGCUGCUUUUUAUAACAAUUAAACAUCAAAUAGCCUAACAAUUAGGAAAAAAGUAGUUGGCUUGAGGAUAAAUUCAGCCACUAUUUAUUGUUGAACUCAGCGGGUUGUCUGGCUAAUAGCCUACACAAAUGGGCUGUAAUAGUCAAGGUAAAUUUAAAUCAAAUCGAAUCCAACUUGAGAGAGUCCCCUGGUCUCCUGAAGUCCUCCUUUUUUUGUGUGCAAAUCUUUUCACCAUGGGCUGUAGGUCCAGGUUGCGGGCCCGACUGUUUUCUAUACGGAGUAUUGCCAACCCAGACAGUCUUUCCUGAGACAUGGUGCAUUAUAGGCCUACAGUGAGGGGGGAAAGUAUUUGAUCCCCUGCUGCUUUUGUACAUUUGCACACUGACAAAGACAUGAUCAGUCUAUACUUUUAAUGGUAGGUUUAUUUGAACAGUGAGAGACAGAAUAACAAACAAAAAAAUCCAGAAAAAAGCAUGUCAAAAAUGUUAUAAAUUGAUUUGCAUUUUAAUGAGGGAAAUAAGUAUUUGACCCCCUCUCAAUCAGAAAGAUUACUGGCUCCCAGGUGUCUUUAUUUCAGGUAACGAGCUGAGAUUAGGAGCACACUCUUAAAGGGAGUGCUCCUAAUCUCAGCUUGUUACCUGUAUAAAAGACACCUGUCCACAGAAGUAAUCAAUCAAUCAGAUUCCAAACUCUCCACCAUGGCCAAGACCAAAGAGCUCUCCAAGGAUGUCAGGGACAAGAUGAAGGCUAUUCCAUGCGAGAAAUUGCCAAGAAACUGAAGAUCUCGUACAACUCUGUGUACUACUCCCUUCACAGAACAGCGCAAACUGGCUCUAACUAGAAUAGAACGAGGAGUGGGAGGCCCCGGUGCACAACUGAGCAAGAGGACAAAUACAUUAGUGUCUAGUUUGAGAAACAUAUGCCUUACAGGUCCUCAACUGGCAGCUUCAUUAAAUAGUACCCGCAAAACAUAUCUGGAGCAUCAGCAAUUGUCUCAAAACACCAGUCUCAACGUCAACAGUGAAGAGGCGACUCCGGGAUGCUGACCUUCUAGGCAGAGUUGCAAAGAAAAAGCCAUAUCUCAGACUGCCCAUCUAAAAUAUUUUAUUUUUAUUGGCCAGUCUGAGAUAUGGCUUUUUCUUUGCAACUCUGCCUAGAAGGUCAGCAUCCCGGAGUCGCCUCUUCACUGUUGACGUUGAGACUGGUGUUUUGAGACAAUUGCUGAUGCUCCAGAUACUCAACUAGUCUCAAGAAGGCCAGUUUUAUUGCUUCUUUAAUCAGUACAACUGUUUUCAGCUGUGUUAACAUAAUUGCAAAAGGGUUUUCUAAUGAUCAAUUAGCCUUUUAAAAUGAUAAACUUGGAUUAGCAAACACAACGUGCCAUUGGAACACAGGACUGAUGGUUGCUGAUAAUGGGCCUCUGUACGCCUAUGUAGAUAUUCCAUUAAAAAUCAGCCGUGUCCAGCUACAAUAGCCAUUUACAACAUUAACAAUGUCUACACUGUAUUUCUGAUCAAUUUGAUGUUAUUUUAAUGGACUAAAAAAAUUGCUUUUCUUUAGAAAAUAAAGACAUUUCUAAGUGACCCCAAACUUUUGAACGGUAGUGUGUGUGUGUAUAUAUAUAUAUAUACACACACACACACACACACACACACACACACAAGGCCUGAGGCACUUUUUCAUUCACAUUCCUGAAGCCCAACAAACAAACACUUUUGCUUCCUAGUACAUACCUAUGGAAAUUAAAAAUGUUAAUAUGAAAUACUUUUUUGAUGGAUACUGUCAAAAUGAUUGCUUAAAUUAAAGAAAAUAGACAGACUACUUUGAGCCAGGAGAGACUGACAUACAUGUUGUUGAUGUUAGCCCUCCUUGUACAUUUAAGGGCCAGACAUGCUACUCUGUUCUGGGCCAACUGUACUUUGCCUAUGUCCUUCUUUUCAGCACUUGACCAUAUAACUGGUAUGAAUCGUAUCAACCUUCAUCCAUUUUUAAGGUAUAAAGCAAGCAGCUGUCUCAGUGGAUGGUUAACCAUUGAUAUUCUCUCAUGUCUCCUGUUAGGUUCCUGAUGAUAAACUACACGAAUCCACCAUUUACUCAUUCAGGACACAGGAGCAGGACACCGCAGCCACGGGCUUCCAGCGCUUCCUCAAUGUCCUCAACAAAGGGGUGGACAUCAACAAGUUCUCAAAGAUUGUCAACAACGUGAAUGAAUUACCCCCUAUGCAGGAGGGCCAUCCAAAGACUACCUACAGGAGUGAGAAUAAGGGGGCCCCAGCACAGAGCUCUCAGGAUUGCUUGGGUCCCCACAGUAGAGCUCUGCCACAGGACCACAGUCACUCACACAUUCGUGGAGAAAGGAGGCCGGGUCUCCCACACGGCCAGCUCCAGAGCCUGCUGGAGUCCAUCGGGCUAGACCUGGGGGUGGAGGAGUUGGGCCGACUGUCAGACCGGACCAAGGAGAGGCUGUACGGGAUGAAGAGAGACCAGGAGAGGAGUCCCUUGACGUCAGACAGAUCCAGCCCCUUCCCCCUUCGCCACCAGCACUCAAAUCUGACCUUUGAUUACAGCCAUUUUAGUACCAGAGACUGGGAUAGAGAGGGAGACAGAGACAACUCUGAUAGAGACCGAGACAAAUAUAUGAGAGACAGGGAGGGAGACAGGAAUAGGCACUCUAGUACUAGAGACUGGGACAGAGAACGAGACGAGGACACAGAGAGGGACGAAUCUAAGAGAAACAGAGACCGGGACAGAGACUGGGCCAGUUCUGAGAGAGACCGAGAGAGAGACGGGGACAAAUCUGAGAGAGAGAGGGACAGGCGCUCAAGUACCAGAGACAGGCACUCUGGUACCAGGGACAAGCGCUCUGGUACCAGAGACAAGGACAGGCACUCAGGUGCCAGAGACAGCGACAGGGACAGGCGCUCUAGUACCAGGGACAGCGAGAGAGACAGGCACUCUGGUACCAGGGACAGGCGCUCUAGUACCAGGGACAGAGACGGGGACAGGGACAGGCGCUCUAGUACCAGGGACAGAGACAGGCGCUCUAGUACCAGGGACAGGGACAGGCGCUCUAGUACCAGAGACAGGGACAGGCGCUCUAGUACCAGGGACAGGCGCUCUAGUACCAGGGACAGAGACAGGCGCUCUAGUACCAGGGACAGAGACAGGGACAGGCGCUCUAGUAACAGGGACAGGCGCUCUAGUACCAGAGACAGGGACAGGCGCUCUAGUACCAGAGACAGGGACAGGCGCUCUAGUAACAGGGACAGGCUCUCUAGUGCUAGGGACAGAGACAGGCGCUGUAGUACCAGGGACUGGCACAGAGAUGGCGACUGGGACGAAGAAAGCGACAGGGAUAGGUAUAGGGACAAGUCCAGGGAAAGCUCUGUUGAGCUCAACACAUACUCCAAGGACCCUAUGUAUCCUUUUUCCCACCCUCCUAAUGCAUCUAUGAUGGCAACCUUCUCCACCACCCAGUUCUCUCUGUAUACCAGCAGCCCCUACGCCAAUGCCUUCCCUCCAGGUUGGGGUUAUCCCCCUGGCAUUAUGCCCCCUGGUACCAUGCACCCUGGUAUUAUGCCCCCUGGUAUUAUGCCCCCUAGCCGCAUGCCCCCUGGUAUUAUGCCCCCUGGUACCAUGCCCCCAAACCUUAUGCCCCCUGGUAUCAUGCCCCCUCCCCCUGGUAUCAUGCCCCCUCCCCCUGGUAUUAUGCCCCCUGGUACCAUACCCCCUGGUAUUAUGCCCCCUCCCCCUGGUACCAUGCCCCCUGGUACCAUGCCCCCUGGUAACAUGCCCCCUGGUACCAUGCCUCCCUUCCCAUACCCCCCCCCUGGGUAUCUACCUUACCCCAGCGCCCCACCGCAUUACUCUAAUAGCACAGCAGCCUUAAGCCAGACAUACACAUACACCCAGCCUACUAGCAACCUCCAGCGCUCAUCUACCCAGCCUGCCAGAAACCACCAGUUAACAUAUAUCCCGCUCACAAACAACCAGCCCACUGGCACCCUCCAGCAGCUAAACACCAAGUCCACUGGCAACCUGCUCCAGCUCAUGAACCUCCAACUCCCAAAAAGCAAGCCCGCUAGCACCCGCCAGCUUACAUACAUCCAGCCAGCUAGCAACCCCCAGGUCACAUCUACCAAGCCUGGUGGGACCCGCCAGCUUACAUACAUCCAGCCCGCUAGCAACCCCCAGGUCACAUCUACCAAGCCCGCUAGCACCCGCCAGCUUACAUACAUCCAGCCUGCUAGCAACCCACAGGUCACAUCUACCCAGCCCGAUAGCGAACUCAAGUUCACAAACUCGGCUGUACUCACGCCAGCACUGAAAGUGUUGACCCCAGACCCAAUCUCCUUGAGCAAGGCCCAACAACUGAAGGAGCCGUCACACCCCCGCUGUCUGCAGUACGUUAAGACGGUGGUGCCCAAGGGCGGCAACCGCCGCGUAAGACGGCUCACCAAGUCAAGAGUCAAGAGAAACAGCCAGGCGUUUGGAGAAAGGUGUAAGAAAUACAGGAAAGAGGUUCUGAGAAAGAGGAGAAUAUAUCGAGAUCUCCAAGAGAAGAGAGAUGGACUGAUUGCAAGAGCUGCAGCGAAGGUGGCCGCUCAGGUGGCUGCAAAGUAUCCCAGGGCCCUCUCUGAAGCGGAAGCAGAGAGCGAUGUUGAAGGGGACAAAAAACCAAUGCCAGAAGAAGCGAUUAAGGGGAAACUAAAGAAAAAGGUUUGUGUAAUUACUUCUGGAAGUACAGUAUUAUCUUUGGUAUGAAAGACCUUUGCUUACUUUUAUGCUGUUCUCACUUUGUCAUUAUUGCUUGUCUUUUUACUAAUGAUAUUAUACACCAUUCAGUCAUAUUUGUAUUGACAUGCGAGUGUAUACCCUUUCUCAGCUUGAAGAGUUCAACCUGAAGAUGAAGCGGAAAUCGACACAACAAACACCAACAUAAACUCAAAGGCAGUUUGUUGUAAGUAAAAGCAGUAUAAAUACUCCAUCUAUUUCAGAAUGCGUAUUCACUCCACUUUGGUGAAUUUUGGAAAAUGGAGUUAAGUUAAUGAGCCUGGAAUAUUUUAUUAGGGUCAGUUAUGCAAUGAUUCUCUUAUCAAAUCAAGAAUGAUUGUUUUUCUAUCAUAGCGAGUCAUUGGUCUGAACGCUUUCUCUUUUCUGCAGAUCUUCACUGGGCAUCAUGAGCUCAUCUCCCACUAGACUAGAACCUUCUGCUGACCCAUCCAGACCCUAUGGACAUCAGUUGGCUUACAUUCUUAGCUAGCAACCAUUUAUAGAUUUGUAAUGACACUAGCAAAGGAUUUGUUAUCAUCCUUUAAGACUACAUAUUGAAGAUUUUUUUUCAGUGUAUGUUCAGAUUGGAUUUAUCUGUACUAGCAUGGGUACGGCCAGGGGCUUUUCUUGACGACUUGAUCUGACUAGCAAAAAUGAUUGCCUAUAUAGGCUUUAAUUAGGGCCUGAAGGUUUUCCUAGGCUGGUCAUUUGGUCAGGAAAAACUCCUAACCCAUUUCUGUGGAUCCUCUUUCACUGUGUAUAUAUACAAAUAAAUAGUUAUUUUAUUUCUUUCUUUUUCUCAAUAAAAAGUAACUUCAAUAUGGAAGUCAUGCUGAUGCUCGUCACUAUGCUUCACACUCCAUCCUGUUGGGGCAGUAUUGGAAUUUCAAUCAUAAGAAGGUGAAAAAAUUAUACUACAGAAGCAGGUACAGCAGAAAAAUACAAUACUUUUUGUCUUUGGCUAGCUAGAUAGUUGCUUUUGUACUAGCUAAUGUAUAUAUUUUUAUGCAAUUGUAUUUCAAGUCAAGCACUCUGUCAGUCUUUGGUAGCGUGCGUGGAACUUGCUUGACGCCUCAAAAUCCAAAAUGACAUAGCGAACAUAAUGAGAUGGUACCAUCUUUCAGGCCUAAGACAAGAGCGCGGGUGAGGUUGCAGACGGGAGGUAAACAAUCGUUUUAUAGUCACUGCUUGCACAUUAUUUUAAAGAAUAAGGUAAUGUGUUUGGUUAUGAUAAAAAAAAAAGAAAAGGGCUAUAUGCUUCUGUCACGCUCACAGCCUGUUCUGAAAAUGACAUAGCUAAAAGCAAACGUUAGCUACCUAGCUUAGUAGCAGAGGUUCUGCAUCAGAUUCAUGCAGCUUUGGUAUUCUGAUCAUAGUUAUGAUCAUGGAAUUCUGAACGCGUCAUGCAUCUACACCUACAUUUAAGUGUCCGGAUUCCCUUUUCCUACGCUAUAUUCAAAUGCAAGUAUGCAUUCUACAAACGGUGGAAUAGGCAACAUGAUAACACAACAACUAAUUACUGAAGCUAGCUAAAGGGAUUGCAAACAAGUUAGCAUAACUCUAGCCAAACAAAAAAUAGCUGUGUAGCAUUUAUGUGGCAAGUAAUCACGUUCCUCACAUGCUAGGAACGUAUUUCCUCCAACGUUAUAAUGAAAAAGUGCCCGUCGGCCCCAAAACACAAAUUUUAUGGAGACUGUGGUAGGAGUGCUGAUGACGUCGCCCACUGUAUGCGCUUUCGGUAACCUGAUUGCGUCCAGACUGAGGUCCGCAAUGCAGCCCUGACCACGUCCUGAAGUGGUCAGCCAGAUCUGAACACAAUCAAACCACAAAGCGAAUUUUGUGCGUCUAGACCCGUCUUCCCAACGCGAUCUUCGUAUUCUAAUCGCCAGGGGCGCAACUUUGCUUUUAGAAGUGAGGGGGGAUAUAACCUGGCGGGGGGUCCUCCCUCAGAAUUUUUUGGGACAUCUAAAACUCAUUUCCUGCAUUUCUACACAAUCUAAUACGACCCUUUUGGGGUCAUUUUGUGGUCACUUAUUGUAAAUAAUAAUAGAAUACAAUAUCGACACGAUACAUUAUUUACCAAUUCAUUUCUAUUGGGCACAAAAUAAUCUGAAACAAACAGCAAAUGCAUCCAACAAAUGUGUAGAGUCACAAGCUUGAUGUAGUCAUUGCGUGCUAUGAAUGUGGGGACCAAAUACUUCACUUUUUACUACUUUAAUACACAUAAGUGAAUGAAGAAGUCUUUUGGUCCCCUAAAAUGGGGGGACUAUGUACAAAAAGGGUUGUCAUUUCUAAACAGUUCACCCGAUAUGGAUAAAAAAUAACCUCAAAUGAAUGCUGACAGUCUGCACUUUAACUUCAUAGUCAUUGUUUGAUUUAAAAUCCAAACUUUUGGAGUAUAGAGCCAAAAGAAGAAAAAAUGCUUCACUGUCCCAAUAAUUACUGUAAUACUUAUCUUCUGACAUAUUUUCAUUUUUAUAAGCGAAUUCAUACUUUCUAAUCUUUUGGUUUGCUAAAGACGCGACCCCGUCGUUCAUUUCGAUUAGUUUGAUAUUUACAGAGCGUCCAACCCACUCAUGUUCUGUUGCCAUGCUCUGUGGCAACGUUCUUAUCCCUUGCUUGCUGCUAGCUAGCCAACUAGCUACGGCUACACAGUCACUAUUUGUACCGGUAAAUGUGUGCUUUCAUAUUGUUUUCAUUGGCAGCUGUGGUAUAAGCAGGAUAAACGCCUCCGUUCUGUACAUUACCUUGGAAAAAGGAACUCCGCAAAGAGACUCGGCUCCACCUCGUCCCGCUGCAUUGUCCAUUAUUUCCAAGGUAAUGUACAGAACGCUGCAAUUAUCCCUUAAACGUAUACCACGGUAGACAACAUUUAUUUUGCUCUCUAAUUACUUGGUAACCAGUUAUAAUAUCACACGGCACUUUUGGGUUUGUGUAUAUGGCCAUAUACCUUUCUAAGGCGUAUCCCGGCACUCCCAUUGCGUUGUGCUUUAUAACAGCCCUUAAACCAUAUACAGUGCCUUCGUAAAGUAUUCAGACCCUUGACCUUUUCCACAUUUUGUUAUGUUACAGCCUAUUCUAAAUGAUUAUAAAAUUCCUCAUCAUCUACCAAAUGACCCCCCCCCCCCCCCCACCCCCAAAACAUUUAAUAGUAUUCAACCCUUGCUAUGAGACUCGAAUCAACAGUGAUCCUGUUUCCAUUGAUCAACAUGAAUGACCGAUUGAGUCCAUUGGCAAAUUCUUAAUUGGAAAGGACAACCUGGAAAGUCCACAGUUUGGAACAAAACCAAGCCUGAGGUCGAAGACUCUUCCUAGAGCUGGCCACCCGGCCAAACUGAGCAAUCGGGGGAGAAGGGCCUUGGUCAGGGAGGUGACCAAGAACUCGAUGGUCACUCUGACAAAUAAAAAUAUUCUUAUCCAUAAUAAUGUCAUCAUGUAGACUAGCCUACCAGCACAGCCUACCUGCUGUAUCUGUGAGCUGUUGGCUAGAGUGCAUGUGCCAAAACCAGAGUGGGCACAUUUGCUAUUUUACUCAACAGUUUUUGUGCCAAAACUAUCGGUAGAGUUGAAAAUGCGAUAACUUUUCAUGUACUGAAUUCUAAGUGAAAAAGUACAUUUUGUGUCCACUAUAUCAUCACGCACUGAUUUUUGUCCUCAACAAGUCCAUUUGGUGGAAACACACCACUGGUGGGAAAAUGCGCAUAUUUUCUUUAUGCGGAUUCUAGAAUAUUUGCAUAAAUCUGUCUCAAAUUGGAUGGCAACCUAGCUAGUGACUGACAUUAUUGACGUCGUUUGUGGUGAUGUCAAAAUGAGGGGUGUUAUACAAAACCGUAGUCAGCGAUUAUAUCAUUUCUAACCAAUCAGAGUAUCAAAGCCAAUAACGCAUUUUCAAAUGUGUUCUGGCCCAACCGAUCGGUUUCUGGGACCAAUCAGAACGGUUAGAAUGUGUUUGCAUUCUAGAAAUCGUCGGGGAGGUACAUAGAUCCAGACGGUCGUCACUAGUGACCACAGCCACAAAAGAAACCCUGCUUAUUUCAAAAAUGUAUUUAAAUCUUUAAACCUAACCACACUGCUAACCUCAUGCCUAACCUUAAAUUAAGACCAAACAGCUUGUUUUAGUUUUCUUGAAUUUUUACGAUAUAGCCAAUUUUGACUUUGUGGCUGUGGUAACUAGUGACAACCGAUCCAGACUCGUUGCAGAUAAAUAAAUUAACGUCCUUGGGCAUAGCGUUUGGCAGGAGCAAGGAGUUUGGGCAGCCAGGCAACCUAGCACAACAUCUAGCCUACAUUAACCUCACCACUGUCUUCUUACAUUUUUAUUUUGUGCUGCAGUGAUCCUGAAGAGUCUUCCCAGUUCAGGCACGCUGGAAGACAACAUACCCAAUGGAUCCAGAGAGGUACAGUCGGCGGUUGCAGUAUGGAGAAGCUAGUGGGGGUUGGGAGGAGUAUGGUGCCUCUGAUACGAGCUACAUCCUGGAUCCAUCAUCCAGAGAGUGCAGCAAAGGCUCAUUGAGGGGUAGCGGUGCUCCCUUCUCCCCAGACACAGAUGAUGGAGAUCCUGUGGAGCCCAGUGUGGAGGACAUGGAGCUCGCUCGUAAGAAGAAGGAGCUGGAGGUCAUAGAGGAACAGAUAGCUCGCAAGAAAGCUAUUCUUGCUAUGCGAGAGCUUAAACACAGCGCUAAGGACAUGCCUAAAUCACAGAUUGCGUCCGCAACAGCGACUGGCAUGUCUAAACAGACCAAGGUGAACAAUACAAUAAUCAAAACAUAUAACAAUGUCGCGGACAAGUCGUCACGCAUACCUCUUAAACGGAGGGUGCUGGACAUUGUGAGUAAGCUCAGAAGAACACCGGUAUGUUACCUACAUCGUAAGGUAUGUACCUAUUAGUUCUGUAUUUAUUGAUCACAGUUGGGGUCAAUUCUGAAUUUAGUUUGGGGAUUUGAAUUGAAUUGGCCACACACCACAGGAAGCAGAAUUGAAUUUGAAUUAAAGGGAUAGUUCAUGCAAAAUCUAGAUUUGGGUCAAAUUCCCCUUUCAGUUGUCUGUAGAAUUCAAUGAAAUUCAAAUAGAUAAUUUAUUCCAUACAUCAUUAUUCAUGUUGACAUCAUGCAUGGUUACCAAUACUAUGUUUGACAUGUUCUAGCCCUACAAGCUCGUCGUCAUGUAUACGCAGCCGGCCGCGACCGGGAGACUCAUGGGCGGCGCACAAUUGGCCCAGCGUCGUCCAGGGUAGGGGAGGGAAUGGCCGGUAGGGAUGUAGCUCAGUUGAUAGAGCAUGGCGUUUGCAACUCCAGGGUUGUGGGUUCGAUUCCCACGGGGGGCCAGUAUAAAAAAUUUAUAUAUAUAUAUAUAUAUAUAUAUAUAUAUAUAUAUAUAUAUAUAUAUUCACUAACUGUAAGUCGCUCUGGAUAAGAGCGUCUGCUAAAUGACUAAAAUGUAAAAUGUAAAUGUACAGUGGGGGAAAAAAGUAUUUAGUCAGCCACCAAUUGUGCAUGUUCUCCCACUUAAAAAUAUGAGAGAGGCCUGUAAUUUUCAUCAUAGGUACACGUCAACUAUGACAGACAAAUUGAGAAAAAAAAAUCCAGAAAAUCACAUUGUAGGAUUUUUAAUGAAUUUAUUUGCAAAUUAUGGUGGAAAAUAAGUAUUUGGUCAAUAACAAAAGUUUCUCAAUACUUUGUUAUAUACCCUUUGUUGGCAAUGACACAGGUCAAACGUUUUCUGUAAGUCUUCACAAGGUUUUCAGACACUGUUGCUGGUAUUUUGGCCCAUUCCUCCAUGUAGAUCUCCUCUAGAGCAGUGAUGUUUUGGGGCUGUCGCUGGGCAACAGAGACUUUCAACUCCCUCCAAAGAUUUUCUAUGGGGUUGAGAUCUGGAGACUGGCUAGGCCACUCCAGGACCUUGAAAUGCUUCUUACGAAGCCACUCCUUCAUUGCCCGGGCGGUGUGUUUGGGAUCAUUGUCAUGCUGAAAGACCCAGCCACGUUUCAUCUUCAAUGCCCUUGCUGAUGGAAGGAGGUUUUCACUCAAAAUCUCACGAUACAUGGCCCCAUUCAUUCUUUCCUUUACACGGAUCAGUCGUCCUGAUCCCUUUGCAGAAAAACAGCCCCAAAGCAUGAUGUUUUCACCCCCAUGCUUCACAGUAGGUAUGGUGUUCUUUGGAUGCAACUCAGCAUUCUUUGUCCUCCAAACACGACGAGUUGAGUUUUUACCAAAAAGUUAUAUUUUGGUUUCAUCUGACCAUAUGACAUUCUCCCAAUCCUCUUCUGGAUCAUCCACAUGCACUCUAGCAAACUUCAGACAGGCCUGGACAUGUACUGGCUUAAGCAGGGGGACACGUCUUGCACUGCAGGAUUUGAGUCCCUGGCGGCGUAGUGUGUUACUGAUGGUAGGCUUUGUUACUUUGGUCCCAGCUCUCUGCAGGUCAUUCACUAGGUCCCCCCGUGUGGUUCUGGGAUUUUUGCUCACCGUUCUUGUGAUCAUUUUGACCCCACGGGGUGAGAUCUUGCGUGGAGCCCCAGAUCGAGGGAGAUUAUCAGUGGUCUUGUAUGUCUUCCAUUUCCUAAUAAUUGCUCCCACAGUUGAUUUCUUCAAACCAAGCUGCUUACCUAUUGCAGAUUCAGUCUUCCCAGCCUGGUGCAGGUCUACAAUUUUGUUUCUGGUGUCCUUUGACAGCUCUUUGGUCUUGGCCAUAGUGGAGUUUGGAGUGUGACUGUUUGAGGUUGUGGACAGGUGUCUUUUAUACUGACAACAAGUUCAAACAGGUGCCAUUAAUACAGGUAACGAGUGGAGGACAGAGGAGCCUCUUAAAGAAGAAGUUACAGGUCUGUGAGAGCCAGAAAUAUUGCUUGUUUGUAGGUGACCAAAUACUUUUUUUUCCUCAAUUUGUCUGUCAUAGUUGACAUGUACCUAUGAAGAAAAUUACAGGCCUCUCAUCUUUUUAAGUGGGAGAACUUGCACAAUUGGUGGCUGACUAAAUACUUUUUUUCCCCACUGUAUACAGUUAAUAAAGUGUAAGUAAAUGUAUUCAACAUUCCGUCUUGGGGCAUUCAGUCUUAGGGCGUUCAAGUUAAGUCACGCUGAAAUGACAAUCUGUUUUAGCGGCGCGUGUCUGACAUUGAAGAUAUAUCCAGAGUCGGAACACAGUUCUUAUUAAAUCGGCAUCCCUCACGUUACCUGUGCACAAGAAAGUUUUAAAAUCAAACAUGUAUGUCAAUGUUUGCGCGCACACACUCCGUUCUACUUCCUGUCUGUUGCAGCACGGCGCCUGUAUUGCGAGGCUGAUUAGUUAGGACAAACAGGUGUGCGCAAAGCAAUAACACAACAUGGAAUCCAUGUUUGAUUUGGAGGGGAGGGGGGGUAGCUUGGGAAGUGCUAUACUGCUAGACCCCUGGGCUAAACUCAUCCUCCUAAAACAUGUUAUAAUUACAGUGGUCUGGAGAUAUUUAAAGAUUAUUUUGUAGGUUGUCUCCCUUAUACACUGAACAGAAAUAUAAACGCAGCAUGUAAAGUGUUGGUCCCAUGUUUCAUGAGCUGAAAUAAAAGGUCCCAGAAAUGUUCUAUACACACAAAAAGCUUAUUGAUCUUAAAUGUUGUGCACACAUUUGUUUACAUCCCUGUUAGUGAGCAUUUCCCCUUUGCCAAGAUAAUCCAUUACCUGGUUAAACAGCAUGAUCAUUACACAGGUUCACCUUGCGAUGGGGACAAUAAAAGGCCACUCUAAAAUGUGGAGUUUUGUCACACAACACAAUGCCACAGAUGUCUCAUGUUUUGAGGGAGUGUGCAAUUGGCAUGCUGAAUGCAGGAAUGUCCACUAGAGCUGUUGCCAGAUAAUUGAAUGUUAAUUUCUCUACCAUAAGCCGCCUCCAAUGUCGUUUUAGAGAAUUUGGCAGUAUGUCCAACCGGCCUCACAACUGCAGACCACGUGUAUGGCGUUGUGUGGGCUAGCGGUUUGCUGAUAACAACGUUGUGAACAGAGUGCCCCAUGGUGGCGGUGGGGUUAUGGUAUGGGCAGGCAUAAGCUACGGACAACAAACACAAUUGCAUUUUAUUGAUGACAAUUUGAAUGCACAGAGAUACUGUGACGAUCCUGAGGCCCAUUGUCGUGUCCUCUGUAGCUCAGCUGGUAGAGCACGGCACUUGUAACGCCAAGGUAGUGGGUUCGAUCCCCGGGACCACACGUACACAAAAAAAUGUAGGCACGCAUGACUGUAAGUCGCUUUGGAUAAAAGCGUCUGCUAAAUGGCAUAUUAUUAUUAUUAUUAUUAUUAUUAUUAUUCAUCCGCCGCCAUCACCAAUUGUUUCAGCAUGAUAAUGCACGGCCCAAUGUCGCAAGGAUCUGUACACAAUUCCUGGAAGCUGAAAAUGUCCUUGUUCUUACAUGGCCUGCAUACUCACCAGACAUGUCACCCAUUGAGCAUGUUUGGGAUGCUCUGCAUCGACGUGUAAGACAGCGCGUUCCAGUUCCCGCCAAUAUCCAGGAACUUCGCACAGCCAUUGAAGAGGAGUGGGACAACAUUCCACAGGCCACAAUCAACACCCUGAUCAACUCUGCAUGAGGCAAAUGGUGGUCACACCAGAUACUGACUGGUUAUCUGAUUCAUGCAUCUACCUUUUCUUAAAGGCAUCUGUGACCAACAGAUGCAUAUCUGUAUUCCCAGUCAUGUGAAAUCCAUAGAUUAGGGCAUAAUGAAUUUAUUUCAAUUGACUGAUUUCCUUAUAUGAACUGUUAUGUUUAUAUUUUUGUUCAGUAUAAUUCACAAUUCACUUUACAUGUUAUUAAAUACAAUGAUAGAAAAACAUCAAUUUCUCAGAAUGCAUUAGAUCAAACACUCCAGAAUGGAAGGGAACAUUUCAUGACAAAAAUACAAACAAAAUACUGUUUGACAUCAUUGAGUUAUAAUCAAACUAACAUUUAAAAUGGUAUCUGUAUUCUUCAGUAAGAGGUGGCAGAUGAUUUUGGCAAAGGAUUUGUCAAAGGAUUGAGACUCAUAUAUUCAAGUCUCAGUUCAAUUUCUUUGAAUUAAAUUCUACUUCCUUUAUUUCAAAUUCUGCUUCCUGUGGGGUGUGACAAAUUCCAAUUUCAAUGAAUGUGUUGAAUAUAAUUUUAAUUCCGAAUUGACCUCAGUCCUGUUAUGAAUAGAUCUUUCCUGAUAGAUCAAAAAUAAGUUGAUGCUAGAUAAUAAAUAAUGCCAAAAAAAAGCAUUUGUGCAAAACAUUUCCAGAAUUAAUCAAUUUUCCGUGUAGUGGAAAAAAGUAAAACGCCUUUAUUGUUUACGGUUUAUGCAUAUCAAGAAUAAAAAAGAAAACACCAUCAGGGUGACCACCAGAUCUUUCUUGAUGUUUGGAUUCUGAUGUUUCUACUACAUGGACUUAGCAGUAGAAAAUCCUGGUUCUUACAUGAACUAUUAAGGGGUAAAUAAAAACUAACCUUGGAUCACUAUCCAGGGGCAACUUCAUUACACAUACUAAAAUGGUCCUUUUAGUAUUACAUUUACAUAAUUUAGCAGACGCUCUUAUCCAGAGCGACUUACAAAUUGGUGCAUUCAACUUAUGAUAGCCAGUGGGACAACCACCUUUUCUUUUUUUGUGUGGGAAGAAGGAUUACUUUAUACUAUUCCAGGUAUUCCUUAAAGAGGUAGGUAGUAUGUGGUCUUUUGUAGCUCAGUUGGUAGAGCAUGGCGCUUGUAACGCCAGGGUAUUGGGUUCGAUUCCUGGGACCACGCAUACGUAAAUUGUAGGCACGUAUGACUAAGUCGCUUUGGAUAAAAGCGUCUGCUAAAUGGCAUAUAUUCUAUUAAAAUAUUCUCUAUUUUCCUCCAGGAUACCCCUGCCAAGCGGAAGAAACAAAACAAGAUGCGAGCAUUGGAGCUGAUGAUUAGCGCUUCCCUAGAAAAUGAAGAGGCCCAUCCUCUGAGAUUGAGAGUGAGGUCUUUAACGAACCAACGACGCUAUCCCAACAAUGAGGAGGUAUGUAGCCAUAACAAAACAUAGAGACCGGCAAAAUAAUCAUAAGGAGGAAGUCAAGAAAACCAUGGCCCCCGAUUAAUAUGACUGUAAGUCGCUUUGGAUAAAAGCGUCUGCUAAAUGGCAUAUUAUUAUUAUUAUUUAAUACAAUGGAUUUGUGCCAUUGACACCCAUUCCAAAUAGGCUAGAUAUAAAGUGUCUACUUACUUGUAUGCUUCAUAAUAUUUGUUGUGUUCUUAUAGGCCUAUAGUGUUGUCUAGAAUGUCACGGCUAUAUUCGUGUCAUCUCCGUCAACCACCUGCAUGAAAAUGUUGUUAUCCUUUCAGAUGCAUCAAUUGCUACCUAUCAUGCUAGCAGUCAUUGAGAUGGACUUGUAGCAUAGCUAGUCAGAAAACAGCCAAUCAUUGCUGAAUGAGUAAUUAUGAGUAAAAUGCAGUUGACAGAAUGCAACCAAAUACAGUGCCCUCUGUAAGUAUUGGGACAGUGAAGCAUUGUAUCUUCUUUUGGCUCUACUCCACAAGUUUGAAUUUGAAAUCAAACUAUUUUCAUCCAUAUCGGGUGAACCGUUUAGAAAUUACAGCACUUUCUGUACAUAGUACCCCCAUUUUAGGGGACCAAAAGUAUUGGGACAAAUUCCCUUAUGUCUAUUAAAGUAGUAAAAAUGUAAGUAUUUGGUCCCACAUUCAGAGCUCGCAAUGACUACAUCAAGCUUUGUUGGAUGCAUUUGCUGUUUGUUUUGGUUGCGUUUCAGAUUAUUUUGUGUCCAAUAGAAAUGAAUGGUAAAUAAUGUAUAAUAAUUUUGGAGUCACUUUUAUUGUAAAUAAGAAUAUAAUAUGUUUCUAAACACUUCUCCAUUAAUGUGGAUCCUACCAUGAUUAUGGAUAAUCCUGAAUGAAUCGUGAAUAAUUAUGUGAGAAAGUUAGAGAUGCACAAAUAUCAUACCCCCAUGCUAGCCUCCCGUUAUUGUAAUGGUGAGAGGUUAGCAUUUCUUGGGGGUAUGAUGUAUUUGUGCGUCUUUAACUUUCUCACUUAUCAUUAUUCAUGAUUCAUUCAGGAUUAUCCGUAGUCGUGGUAGGAUCUACAUUAAUGGAGAAGUAUUUAGAAACAUAUUCUACUCUUAUUUACAAUAAAAGUGACUCCAAAAUGACACAAUACAUUAUUUACCAUUCAUUUCUAUUGGACACAAAAUAAUCUGAAACGCAACCAAAACAAACAGCAAAUGCAUCCAACAAAUUUGGAGUCACAAGCUUGAUGUGGUCAUUGCGUACUAGGAAUAUGGGACCAAAUACUUAAUUUAUUAUAACUUUUUAAUACACAAGUGAAUUUGUUUUGGUCCCCUAAAAUGGGGGGGACUAUGUACAGAACGUGCUGUCAUUUCUAAACGGUUCAGCGGAUAUGGAUAAAAAUAAUUUACAGCUGACAGUAUGCACUUUAACCUCAUAGCCAUUGUUUGAUUUAAAAUCCAAACUUUUGGAGUAUAGAGCCAAAAGGAGAAAAAAUGCUUCACUGUCCCAAUAAUUACGAAGGGCACUGUACAUCUAUCGUGACAUUCAGAUGAACAGAGCAAGCCCAUGAUAACACCAAGGUAGUGUGAAAUGCACACAUAAGCGAUACGUAAAUGAAGGCUACGUUUGAUGGGCAGUCUUGAUGAUGCAAGCAGAUCAAACACAUGUUGUUUCUUUAUAGCUGAAGUGGAUAGAUAUUCAUUGAUAUUUCCUCAUGUCUCCUGUUAGGUGGUCCCUAAUGAUAAACAACAUAAUCCAACCAUUCAGAGACCAGUUCACUCACUAAGGACACAGGAGCAAGACAUAGCAGCCACAGGCUUCCAGCGCUUCCUCAAUGUCCUCAACGAAGGGGUGGACAUCAACAAGCUCUCAAAGAUCGUCAACGAUGUAAAUGAGUUACCCGUUGUGGGCGAGGAGCUACCACAAGUUUGGCCCACACUGCUCGAGGGUAAUGUUGACUCCAGCAGUAGAUCCAAGUCUUCUCCGGUUGAGGAGACGAAGGUGGUGAGGCUUGAGGAUGAGCAGCGGUACGAGCGGAUGCAGACCCUGCUGGAGAUCGUUGGGCUGGACCUGGGGGUUGAGGAGUUGGGUCGGCUGACAGACAGGACCAAUGAUAGGCUGUACGGGAAGAUGGGAGACUUGAAAAGGAAGGAGAAUGGAGAGGAGAGAGAGCCCUCAUUUAAACAUCUCAGUACUUCCUCAUUACCAUCAGACAGCGCCAGCCCUAGCCCCCUUCUAAACCAGCACUCAAACAUGACCGUUGAAUACAGUAGCUCUAGUAACAGGGUAUGGGACAUAGAGAGACACAGGGACAGAUCUGAGAGAGACUGGCACAGACACUCUAGUACCAGAGACCGGGACAGAGAGAGGGAGGAGGAUAUAGUCAGAGAAAGGGACAAAUCUGAAAGAGAUGGAGAGAGAGAUGGGCACAGACACUCUAGUACCAGAGAGAGAGACAAGGACCUACCAGUAGUCAGAGAAAUGAAGAGAUCAGAAAGAAAUGGAGAGAAAGGCAGAUACAGAUCUGAGAGAGACAGGGACAGAUACAGAUCUGAGAGACACAGGGACAGAGACCCAGAGAAAUACCGGGACAGAUCUGAGAGAGACAGGGACAGAUACAGAUCUGAGAGAGACAGGUGGCUGCAAAGGGACAAACGUUCUAGGACCAGAGACUGGGACAGCGAGAGCAACUGGGAUAGCAACUCUAGUACUAGAGACAGGGACAUAGAGAGAUCUGAGAGGAAUAGGUAUGGGGAUGAGUCCAGGGAAAGCUCCAUUGAGCUCAACUCAUACUCCAUGAACCCUAUAAACCCUGUUUCUCAUCCUCCUCAUGCAUCUAUGAUGGCAACCUACUCCACAACCCAGUACUCUCAGUAUAUGGCAUACCAGAGCAGCCCCUACACCAUCGCCUUCCCUCCAGGGUGGGGUUAUCCCCCUGGUACCAUGCUUCCUGGUAUUAUGCCCCCUGGUACCAUGCCACCUGGAUUCAUGCCACCUGGAUUCAUGCCACCUGGAUUCAUGCCCUCUGGUGCCAUACCGCCUGGUAAAAUGUCCCUCCUACCUAGCCCAUAUUACUCUAAUAGCAUAGCAGCCUUAAACCAGACAUACGCAUACACCCAGCCUGCUAGCAACCUCCAGCUAACAUCUACCCAGCCUGCUAGCAACCUCCAGCUCUCAUCUACCCAGCCUGCCAGCAACCUCCAGCUCACAUCUACCCAGCCUGCCAGCAACCUCCAGCUCACAUCUACCCAGCCUGCUAGCAACCUCCAGCUCUCAUCUACCCAGCCUGCCAGCAACCUCCAGCUCACAUCUACCCAGCCUGCUAGCAACCUCCAGCUCACAUCUACCCAGCCUGCUAGCAACCUCCAGCUCACAUCUACCCAGCCUGCUAGCAACCUCCAGCUCACAUCUACCCAGCCUGCCAGCAACCUCCAGCUCACAUCUACCCAGCCUGCUAGCAACCUCCAGCUCUCAUCUACCCAGCCUGCCAGCAACCUCCAGCUCUCAUCUACCCAGCCUGCUAGCAACCUCCAGCUCACAUCUACCCAGCCUGCUAGCAACCUCCAGCUCACAUCUACCCAGCCUGCCAGCAACCUCCAGCUCUCAUCUACCCAGCCUGCCAGCAACCUCCAGCUCUCAUCUACCCAGCCUGCUAGCAACCUCCAGCUCUCAUCUACCCAGCCUGCUAGCAACCUCCAGCUCUCAUCUACCCAGCCUGUCAGCAACCUCCAGCUCUCAUCUACCCAGCCUGCUAGCAACCUCCAGCUCUCAUCUACCCAGCCUGCUAGCAACCUCCAGCUCUCAUCUACACAGCCUGCUAGCAACCUCCAGCUCUCAUCUACCCAGCCUGCCAGCAACCUCCAGCUCUCAUCUACCCAGCCUGCCAGCAACCUCCAGCUCUCAUCUACCCAGCCUGCCAGCAACCUCCAGCUCUCAUCUACCCAGCCUGCCAGCAACCUCCAGCUCUCAUCUACCCAGCCUGCCAGCAACCUCCAGCUCUCAUCUACCCAGCCUGCCAGCAACCUCCAGCUCUCAUCUACCCAGCCUGCCAGCAACCUCCAGCUCUCAUCUACCCAGCCUGCUAGCAACCUCCAGCUCUCAUCUACCCAGCCUGCCAGUAACCUCCAGCUCUCAUCUACCCAGCCUGCCAGUAACCUCCAGCUCUCAUCUACCCAGCCUGCUAGCAACCUCCAGCUCUCAUCUACCCAGCCUGCUAGCAUCCUCCAGCUCUCAUCUACCCAGCCUGCCAGCACUGCAGCAGUCUUGCCCCUCCUACUUAACCCCCCAAUUUGUCACAAGAAACUAGCUCCCUGGUAUACAGAAAAUACCCGAGCCCUGAAGCAAGUUUGCAGAAAAUUAGAACGGAAAUGGUGCUCCACCAAAUUGGAAGUCUUCCGACUAGCUUGGAAAGACAGUACCAUGCAAUAUCGAAAAGCCCUCACUGCUGCUCGAUCAGCCUACUUGUCCAACCUGACUGAGGAGAAUAAAAACAAUCCAGAAUGUAUUUCUGAUGCUGUCGAAAAGCUAACUAAAAAGCAGCAUUCCCCAAGUGAGGAUGGCCUUCACUUCACUUCAGCAGUGAUGAAUUCAUGAAGUUCUAUGAUGCUUGGCACUCCUAUGUUGAAAAUAAUAAAUGGCUCCCUAUCCUCCGGAUGUGUACCAAACUCACUAAAAGUGGCAGUAAUAAAGUCUCUCCUGAAAAAGCCAAACCUUGAUCCGGAAAAUCUAAAAUAUCGAAUAUCCCAUUCCUCUCAAAUGUUUUAGGAGAAAGUCCCCCUCUGAACCAUGGUCCAUGAAGAAAUCAAAGGGGGGAAACCAAUAUAUUCUUCACAGGUAUAUUCAUGAAGAGUUAUCACAGUCAUCUAAGGAAGUGUCAAUAUAAGUUGAAACGGCUUGUGAAGAGGAGGAAUAAGGCUCACCAGCACAAAAGAAAGCGAUUGCUUGCAGAAGCAGCAGGGAAAGUGGCCCCUCAGGUGGCUGUAAAGGAUUUCCCCUUUGAACCGGAGCCCAAGACCCAGAAGGAGUAG